GGCGGCCGCGGGCGGUGGUGGGAGGAGCGGCGCGCGGUUCGGGCGGCCGGGGUGAGGCGACCCUUGCUUGCUUGCUUGGGUCGGGCCGGCCGGGCCUGGACGGCGCUGGUGGCGGCGGGCAGCGAGUGGGAGAUGCCGACCCAGAGGGACAGCAGCAGCAUGUCGCACCCGGGCGGCGGCGGCGGCGGCGGCGGCGGCGGGGACCACUCGCACCAGGUCCGGGUGAAAGCCUAUUACCGCGGGGAUAUCAUGAUAACACAUUUUGAACCUUCAAUUUCCUUCGAGGGCCUUUGCAGUGAGGUUCGAGAUAUGUGUUCUUUUGACAAUGAACAGCUUUUCACCAUGAAGUGGAUAGAUGAGGAAGGAGACCCAUGUACAGUAUCAUCUCAGUUGGAAUUAGAAGAAGCCUUUAGGCUUUAUGAGCUGAACAAGGAUUCUGAACUUUUGAUUCAUGUAUUCCCUUGUGUACCAGAACGUCCUGGAAUGCCUUGUCCAGGAGAAGAUAAAUCCAUCUACCGCCGUGGUGCACGUCGCUGGAGAAAACUUUAUUGUGCAAAUGGCCACACUUUUCAGGCUAAGCGAUUCAACAGGCGUGCUCACUGUGCCAUCUGCACUGACCGAAUAUGGGGUCUUGGACGGCAGGGAUAUAAGUGCAUCAACUGCAAACUACUGGUUCAUAAGAAGUGCCACAAGCUUGUCACAAUUGAAUGUGGGCGACAUUCGUUGCCAUCGGAACCAUUGAUGCCUAUGGAUCAGUCAUCUAUGCAUUCUGAUCAUGCACAGACAGUCAUUCCUUACAAUCCUUCAAGUCAUGAGAGUUUGGACCAAGUUGGUGAAGAAAAGGAGGCUAUGAAUACCAGGGAAAGUGGCAAAGCUUCAUCCAGUUUAGGUCUUCAGGACUUUGAUUUGCUUCGAGUAAUAGGAAGAGGAAGUUAUGCCAAAGUACUACUGGUGCGAUUGAAAAAGACUGAUCGUAUCUAUGCAAUGAAAGUUGUGAAAAAAGAGCUUGUCAAUGAUGAUGAGGAUAUUGAUUGGGUACAAACAGAAAAGCAUGUUUUUGAGCAGGCUUCAAAUCAUCCUUUUCUUGUUGGACUACAUUCUUGCUUUCAGACUGAAAGCAGAUUGUUCUUUGUUAUAGAGUAUGUUAAUGGAGGAGAUCUAAUGUUUCAUAUGCAGAGACAAAGAAAACUUCCAGAAGAACAUGCCAGAUUUUACUCUGCAGAAAUCAGUCUGGCAUUAAAUUAUCUUCACGAACGAGGAAUAAUUUAUAGAGAUUUGAAAUUGGACAAUGUAUUGCUGGACUCUGAGGGACACAUUAAACUCACUGACUAUGGCAUGUGUAAGGAAGGAUUACGCCCAGGAGAUACAACCAGCACUUUCUGUGGUACUCCCAAUUACAUUGCUCCUGAAAUUUUAAGAGGAGAAGAUUAUGGUUUCAGUGUGGACUGGUGGGCUCUUGGAGUACUGAUGUUUGAGAUGAUGGCUGGAAGGUCUCCAUUCGAUAUUGUUGGGAGCUCUGAUAACCCUGAUCAAAAUACAGAGGAUUAUCUUUUCCAAGUUAUUUUGGAAAAACAAAUCCGUAUACCACGUUCUCUCUCUGUAAAAGCUGCAAGUGUCCUGAAGAGCUUUCUCAACAAGGACCCAAAGGAACGAUUAGGUUGUCAUCCUCAAACAGGAUUUGCUGAUAUUCAGGGUCAUCCUUUCUUCCGAAAUGUUGAUUGGGAUAUGAUGGAGCAAAAGCAGGUGGUACCUCCAUUUAAGCCAAAUAUUUCUGGAGAAUUUGGUUUGGACAACUUUGAUUCUCAGUUUACCAAUGAACCUGUCCAGCUUACUCCAGAUGAUGAUGACAUUGUGAGGAAGAUUGAUCAGUCUGAAUUUGAAGGCUUUGAGUAUAUAAAUCCUCUUUUGAUGUCUGCAGAAGAAUGUGUCUGAUCCUCAUUUUCCCACUAUGCAUUUGCUUGUCUUGAUCUUUAAUGCAUGGAUAAACUUUACCAUCCUGGAUACAGUGAACCAUUUUAUAUUUGUCACCUACAAAAAGCACUCAUUAUCUUCUCUUGUUGACUGUAAGAGUCAUUAUUACAUCUAAAUUUAACUGUGAAAAAAAAUGAAGCUAGUUUUUAGACAGCUAUGUCAGAAUUUAGUUACACUGGUAAUCCACCAGCCUACUGAUGAAUAAUGAAGUUGUCUUUUUUGUUCAAAGGAUAUAUCACUGCUUUAAAAAAAACAAAGACGAUCUUUCACAUUACAUACAUGUCAGGAUCACAUCAUAUACCUCCCAUGAUUUUUGUCAUUCUUUGUUGUCAUUUAAGUGAAUUUAGUCAUCUAAUUGACUUUUAAUUUUGGAAUAAAUGGUUAAUUCAAAAUACAA